UGUGUUUUACCUCGACGGCGUUGACAAGUGUAAUGUACACAAGGAAUGUAUAUGAGUAUAUCGCUCCCCACUUCCGGUAGAGUAGAAGAUGAAUGUAACCGUAGUCCAGAACCACAUUUUUUUGUAGAGUAUCUAUCAUAUGCAUGUAUAUUCAAACUAUAUGUGGACAUUAGAACAUACUCUAGAAUGUAACCGGUUUUUAUCGGUUCUUUUGCCCACCCUUAGUAGUAGUAAGCAAAUACCGGUUUAACAAGCCUAAACCAAUAGAGAAAUGUCAGAAAUUGGAGUAAACCGAUUAAAGGAAAUUAUAAACAGACAAAACAAAACAAAACAAAAAGAAGGAAAUUCAAGGAAUGUUUACUUGUUUCAUUUUUAUGUACCAAACUAUAUUGUAAACUUCCUCCAUGAGGAUCACCUUGCUUCAUCAAUAUAAAGGAAUCUUUGUCGGAAAAAAAAAAGUAAAUUCAAAUUAUCAGCUGAUCCUAAUUAGUAUUGAAAAAAGAAUUCUCAUAAAUAUAAAAUUAUAGAAAGGAAAAUUAUAAACCGAUAAAACAAAAAGAAAGGAAAAAUUUAAGUUAAUCCUAAUUAAUAUUGGGAAAGGAAUUCUCAUAAAUAUUAAAACUUUACUCCGAUCCGACCAAACUCUUUUUUUGCAACCCGACCAAACUAAACUCUUUGUAAUCAAAGUGAAUCAAUGGAGGAAGAAAGACGGGAAUCAUCGCCACCGCCGGCCAAGAAGAUGAAAGUGUCUCCGUCGUCGUCUGGGUUAUGGUCGCUGCCAGACGAGGUGGCAGUAAACUGCCUGGCACAGAUCUCGAGAUUCGACCUGGCGGCCUUAGCAAUCGCCUCAAAGAUCCACCGCUCUCUCGUGUCUUCCCGUGAGCUCUUGGAACUGAGACGGCGGAAGGGUUGCACCGAGACGUGUUUCUACGUAUGCAUGCGCAUAUCUCCUGACCCGAUCCGCCCACCACGUUGGUUCAUCCUCAGCCCUCACCAUCGCCUGAACCCGAUCCCGUGGAACCCCUCCCAGGCCUCGGAAUCGUCCUCCUACGUGGCGGUGGACGGAGGGAUCUACGUUUUGGGUGGACUCAUAGACGGCCGCCACCGCACUCGAGAUGUCUGGUUCCUAGAUUGUUUCUAUCACACGUGGACACGCGUCCCGUCCAUGAAGAUGCCUCGUGCUUCCGCAUCAGCGAACCUCGUCGAGGGGAAGAUAUACGUUUCUGGAGGGUGUGUAGAGGAGAAAGCUAAUCCCACAAACUGGUCAGAGGUUUUCGAUAUAAAGACCCAAACUUGGGGUCACUGGUAUCUCCCCAAGUUGCGAUUCAGUAUCUGCCAGAGUGUGGUGAUAGAGGAGGAGAAGAAGGUUUACGUUGUUGACGAGGGGCGUCGAAGCUUCUACUUAUUGCCGAGUGAGUGUUUGUUUUGGAGGUUCAACAAAACAAUUUGCGACUUUAUUCCGGGAACCAGAAACGAUUGGUGUGCUAUAGGGAAGCUUUUGUUCUGUCGUGGUACUUGCGGGAGAAUACUGUGGUGUGAGCCUAAUGAGUUGCGUUGGAAACCAGUCAAGGGUUUGGAAGAGCUUUAUGAUAUUUGCAGACUCAGCAGCAACUCUGCUGGAAACAUUGUCAUCUUCUGGAACUCCCUUCUUUGUCAGACUUGGCUUUGGUCUGCCGAGAUUUCCUUGCGGAGGGAACAAGACGAGAUUUGGGGUAAGAUGGAAUGGUCCGAUGCUGUCUUCAAACUUGAUUCUCUCUCACACUCAUCUAAGAUCUUAUACUCUGCUUCUGUUCUUGUGUCUGCUAAAUGAAUCUUUGUUUUCAUUCUCUUUGUGCACUAUGGUAUCAAUUCCGUAGGAUGUCAGUUUUUAAGUUUUUGUCACAAAAAUAGUCUUAAAAAAACGAUCAAAAUAGCAUCUUUUUAUUUUGAAACUUUUAAUAUUUAUUUUUUAUUUUUUUAAUUUGAAGCUCUAUCCCCAAAACCCCAACUCUCGACU